AAAAAUUGUGCGAACAGAACUCGAGUCCCAUUUCGUUCGGGGUAUCGAACCGGAAGCGAUCUCGGUGAUAUUUUUCACUAUAUACUUUGAGCGAUCAAAACGAUAGACCUUCCGGUCGUCGAAGGAUCGCGGCGAGAAGCAAGUGUACGUGUAUGGUAUAUACCGGAGAGCGUAUGACAGACUGAGACAGCCGGGGCAUUAACAUUUUGUGCAUAGGGGAACGUUUAUUUCAUUCGAGUGUGAAAGUUGGAAAUCACGUAGGAAGAUAGGAGACGAGAGACACACCGAAUGGGCGAAGCAGGAAAGACGGCAAGGAAAUAGUAUCGCAUAGGAGACGGUUCCGAACCUGUCGUUCGGGAACUGAUUAGGGAAUGUUUGAAAUACAGUAAAGAAUCACAGAGAGAGUGCGUGUGGUGUUGGGCGUGCGAUUGGAGCGCGAGAGAAGAGAUGCAUGCAACGAAAAGGUAAGGUAGCGAUUGAUUUACCGCCGAUGUAGACUACGCCUCUUUUGCGCGUAGUUCUAAACCAGCCCUCGUGUGCACGGAACUUAGAAGACCGCCAGAGAGAGAGAGAGAAAGAGAGAGAGAGGCGGAGAGAGAGAGAGAGAGAGAGAGUGAGUGAGAAGGCGGUGAGGUUCGGUCGAGGGAUCGGCGGAACCGAUUGGCGCGAUCUUACGCGUAACGGUAUUGGUGUCUACCCAGGGAUUGCGCUGACCGUUCGGCAAAUCGAAGGGUCCGAUCGUGGAAGCACACGGAGGUGAUAGGAAGGGAGGGAUAGGACGGGAAAAAGGAGAAGAAAAAUAAAGAGCCGUUACGGUUGUAACUGGACGUCGUACCAUCAAUAAUACGGGCAGCUCGCGGACGAGAGCACCGGUUUCGCACGAUUUCGCAUUCGUGGAAGUCGCGAGGGUGUAGAAACGACGUACACGCGCGUACAUUACAUAUACACACACGUACGUAUUACCGCGUACAUAUAAAUAUAAUCGAACGCACCCAGAUAUCUAUUUAUAAGUUUAAAACAGAAGGCGAGAGAAGAAGGAGUGGUGGGAAUCGUAGAGCGGCGGUGGUAGCGAUGCUCGAGCUCCGUUAGAUAUGUGUACGUUUGUGCGUGUGUGUGCGUGUGUCGCGUCGUUGCGCGAUCGUAGUGGUGUGUGCUCCCUCUGCUAGUGGGUCUGGUGCUGCUUGCUACUGGUGUGGUGAUGAUGAUGCUUGUGGUAGCGGUGUGCUGAGAUACGAAAGCGUGAAGACAGAGACAAGAGGAAACGAACUGGGAAAGCUUUCGACGGAGGAGUAGCGUGCUUGGGAGACGACCGAAACGGGGAAAAGAAAAAGAGUCGAAAGGAUAGCGGGAAGGUGUAAGGAUAGAAAACGCGUGGACGAAGAAAGGGUGUCUAGAGAGAAAGAGUGCGUUGUAUCUGGUGUAUCGUUGGUUCACGGAAGAGGAAGAAAACAAGAGACGGCGGGGAAAGUGUCGGGGGAGAUUUAGAAGCGAAGGAAGGAAGCGACGACGGGUGCAGGAAGAGACAGGAGGAAGAAAGGAUUCGAACGGAGGAUAUCCUGGCAGUGAGGGAUCACGGCCGCGAGCGCGUUAACACGGAUAUGACAAGCGGAUACGCCCGGCUCACGUGAUAUACGCAACACAAUCGCUCCACCGAUACUGCUCUCUUGCAAGAUAUGUGGUCACGGAGGGAGGUUCGAAAGAGCCCAGUGCCGUAGCAUGCCGGCGAGCUGCAGCGGGUGGUGUGGCGUCUCUGAGAGAGCGCGUCGAUCGGCGUCGUCGGUCGUCCGCACGAGCGUCUGUGUGCAGGCCAGACAGGAUUCGGAGGAGCGUGCCUACGCGUGCAUAAACAGAAGAGGAGUAGGCGGUUGGGGAGGCGGAGGAGGAGGAGGAGGAGGCGGAGUAGGUAAGCGAAAGCGAAGGAGAAGGGGGAGAAGAAGAAGAAGAGAGGGUCGAAGCGUAAGCACGAAACCGAUCGAGGCGAGGAGGAGGAGCGACCGAUGAGCGCGGGGGGGGAUGGGGGCUCAGGGUUGGGCCCCCCUGAGCUGUCGGGGGCCCAGCCGACUGCCGCGACCCCCCCCAUCCUCGGGCAGCACCAGAACCCCCAAACUGCCCAGGACGGACAGCCGGCAACCGCGCAGUCGCAGACGGGCCAAACACUCGGGACCAGCACCGGUGCCGCCGCGAAAUCCGCCACCAAGAGGCCGGCUCGCAGGGGCGGCAAGCCCCCACCGGACAGGCCCGUUCGGGCCCUAUUCUGUCUACCCCUCAAGAAUCCCGUGCGUAAAAUGUGCAUCGACGUAGUCGAGUGGAAACCGUUUGAGUGGCUUAUUCUCAUGACGAUUUUCGCGAAUUGCGUCGCCCUGGCAGUCUACACACCUUACCCGUUCGGUGAUUCUAACCUGACCAACCAGUAUUUGGAAAAAAUAGAGUAUAUAUUUCUUGUGAUUUUUACGGUCGAGUGCGUAAUGAAGAUCAUCGCCUACGGCUUCGUGGCUCAUCAAGGGGCUUAUCUCCGGAACGGAUGGAACAUUCUAGAUUUCUCGAUAGUAGUAAUAGGAAUGGUGAGCACGGUGUUGACGAUGCUCAUGAAAGAAGGCUUCGACGUGAAAGCGUUAAGGGCGUUCCGAGUGUUACGACCGCUCAGGCUGGUAUCUGGAGUACCAAGUCUUCAAGUGGUCCUGAACUCUAUUUUGAGAGCGAUGAUACCCCUUCUACAUAUCGCUCUGUUGGUUCUGUUCGUCAUCAUUAUUUACGCUAUCAUCGGCCUCGAGCUGUUCUCCGGAAAAAUGCAUAAAACGUGCAGGCACAAUGUCACGGACGCGAUAAUGGAGGAACCAGUUCCGUGCGGACCGGGCGGCUUCCAGUGCGACAACGUGGGACCCGAGUACUAUUGUAGCAAACUGUUCUGGGAGGGUCCGAAUUGGGGUAUCACGAAUUUCGACAACUUUGGCCUGGCCAUGUUGACGGUCUUCCAGUGCGUUACCCUCGAAGGCUGGACGGACGUUCUCUACAGCAUCGAAGACGCGAUGGGCAGCUCGUGGCAGUGGAUUUACUUUAUUUCUAUGGUCAUACUCGGAGCUUUCUUCGUGAUGAAUCUGAUUCUCGGUGUGUUGUCCGGCGAGUUCUCGAAGGAAAGAGAGAAGGCGAAGGCGAGGGGUGACUUUCAUAAACUCAGGGAGAAACAGCAGAUCGAGGACGAUCUGAAGGGCUAUCUGGACUGGAUCACCCAGGCGGAGGACAUCGAGCCUGAGACCGACGAGCCCAAGAUGCAGGACGGAAAAUCGAAGCAGCAGAACGAGAUGGAGAGCACGGAUCAGUUGGAGAGCGACGAGAAAGGGACGCAAGAGGACUCCGUAUGGAGGAAAAAAAAGCGGGACUUCGACAGGGUAAACAGACGAAUGAGGAGGGCCUGCAGGAAGGCGGUCAAGUCGCAGGUUUUCUAUUGGCUGAUCAUAGUGCUGGUGUUCCUGAACACCGGUGUUCUGGCGACCGAGCAUUACAAUCAACCGCAUUGGUUGGACGAUUUUCAAGAGAUCACGAACAUGUUCUUCAUCGCUCUGUUCUCCAUGGAGAUGAUGCUGAAGAUGUACAGUUUAGGAUUUCAGGGUUACUUUGUCUCGUUGUUCAAUCGUUUCGACUGUUUCGUCGUGAUCGGUUCGAUCACAGAGAUGAUCCUGACGAACACUCAGGUGAUGCCGCCGCUUGGCGUCUCUGUGCUGCGUUGCGUCCGAUUGCUCAGGGUAUUUAAAGUGACGAAAUAUUGGAGAUCGUUGUCGAACCUGGUGGCGUCCCUGUUGAAUUCGAUCCAAUCGAUCGCGUCUCUGUUGCUUCUGCUCUUUCUGUUUAUCGUGAUCUUUGCCCUUCUGGGCAUGCAGGUUUUCGGUGGGAAAUUUAAUUUCAGCGAGUUGCAGGACAAGCCUCGUCACAAUUUUGACAGUUUCUGGCAGAGCCUGCUAACCGUCUUUCAGAUAUUAACUGGCGAGGACUGGAACGCAGUGAUGUACGACGGGAUCAGAGCCUACGGAGGCGUCGCGAGCUUUGGGAUGCUCGCCUGUUUUUACUUCAUCAUUCUGUUUAUAUGCGGUAACUAUAUCCUACUGAACGUCUUCUUGGCUAUCGCUGUCGACAAUCUUGCGGACGCCGAAUCGUUAACUGCUAUCGAGAAAGAAGCCGAGGAGGAGGCGGAGAAGAAUAAGUCGCACAGCGCCUCGCCGGCCAGGGAUGAGGCGAGCGGGGAACAAGGCGACGGUGGCGAAGGAACAGGCGGCGAAGAUGAGGAGGGCGGCGGUACGGAUCUCGAGCAGGAUCCGAACGAGACGAUGGAGGAUUAUGAGGCGGCUUUGGACACGGAAACCGAGGACAUGAACACUCACGCGAAAGUGCGGCUGAACAUCGACUCCGACGAGGAGAUCGAGGAAGAGGAGGAGAUCGAUCAGAACGGAAUGCACGACGAUGGCACGGAACAAGGCGUGUCGGCGAGGCCCCGCAGGAUGUCCGAGUUCAAUAUGGCCAACAAGACGCAACCGAUCCCCGCUGGAACGGCUUUUUUCAUUUUCUCGCAAACGAACAGGAUACGAGUGUUUUGCCAUUGGCUCUGCAAUCACAGCUACUUCGGGAACGUGAUUCUCGUGUGUAUCAUGAUAUCUUCGGCCAUGUUGGCUGCGGAAGAUCCUUUAAGCGCUUCGUCGUAUAGGAAUCAGAUAUUACAGAAUUUCGACUAUUUUUUCACCACAGUGUUUACGAUCGAGAUCUGCCUAAAGAUGAUCUCCUACGGUUUCAUCAUACACGACGGCGCGUUUUGUCGAUCCGCGUUCAAUCUGCUCGACCUAUUGGUCGUCUGUUCCUCCCUUAUUUCGAUGUCUUUCAGUUCCGGCGCGUUCUCCGUGGUGAAGGUACUCCGCGUGUUGCGUGUCUUGAGGCCGCUCCGCGCCAUCAAUCGUGCCAAAGGAUUAAAGUACGUAGUGAAGUGUGUGAUUGUCGCCAUUAAAACGAUCGGCAACAUUAUGUUGGUCACCUAUCUCCUACAGUUCAUGUUUGCUGUUAUCGGGGUACAGCUGUUUAAGGGGAAAUUUUUCUCUUGUACCGAUGCAUCGAAAAUGACGAAGGACGAGUGCCAGGGCACGUACCUCGAGUUCGAGGACGGUAACAUCAACAAGCCGGUGAUGAAAGAGAGAAACUGGUGCCAAAACCGUUUCCACUUCGACGACGUCGCUAAGGCGAUGUUGACCCUCUUCACCGUCUCGACGUUCGAGGGCUGGCCGUCAUUGCUAGACGUGUCGAUCGACUCUAACAAGGAGGAUCAUGGACCAAUUCAUAAUUUUCGGCCGAUAGUGGCCGCGUACUACAUCAUUUACAUCAUUAUCAUAGCAUUCUUCAUGGUGAACAUCUUCGUUGGUUUCGUUAUUGUCACUUUCCAGAACGAGGGUGAGCAAGAGUACAAAAACUGCGAACUCGAUAAGAAUCAGCGAAAUUGCAUCGAGUUCGCGCUAAAGGCGAAACCGGUUCGACGAUACAUACCGAAGCAUCGAAUACAGUACAAAGUCUGGUGGUUCGUCACCUCGCAGCCGUUCGAGUACACGAUUUUCACUCUGAUCAUGAUCAACACCGUGACGCUGGCGAUGAAGUUCUAUCGGCAACCAGAGAUCUACACGGAGGCAUUGGACGUCCUCAACAUGAUUUUCACCGCGGUGUUCGCACUUGAAUUUAUCUUCAAACUGGCAGCGUUUCGGUUCAAGAAUUACUUUGGCGACGCGUGGAACGUUUUCGACUUUAUCAUAGUACUCGGCAGUUUCAUCGACAUCGUUUACUCGGAAGUCAAUCCUGGCGCGACCAUCAUUUCCAUCAACUUCUUUCGGCUGUUCCGAGUGAUGCGAUUGGUGAAGCUGCUGAGCAGAGGGGAAGGCAUCAGAACGCUUCUCUGGACUUUCAUCAAAUCUUUCCAAGCUCUGCCCUACGUAGCUCUACUUAUCAUAAUGCUAUUUUUUAUUUACGCUGUGAUAGGCAUGCAGGUGUUUGGAAAAAUCGCGAUCGACGACGAGACAUCGAUUGAUCGGAACAAUAACUUCCAAUCCUUCCCUCAAGCGGUGUUGGUCCUAUUCAGAUCGGCUACAGGCGAAGCUUGGCAGGAGAUCAUGAUGGACUGUUCGGCCCAACCGGGCCAAGUGAAAUGCGAUCCGAAGAGCGACGAAGCCAACAAUCUCAAUGGCUGUGGAUCCGACAUUGCGAUUCCCUACUUUAUAUCUUUCUACGUUUUAUGCUCUUUCCUGAUCAUCAAUCUCUUCGUCGCUGUGAUCAUGGACAAUUUCGAUUACCUGACGAGGGAUUGGUCGAUCCUGGGUCCCCACCAUUUGGACGAGUUCAUUCGUCUUUGGUCCGAAUACGAUCCUGACGCGAAGGGUCGCAUCAAGCAUCUGGACGUGGUGACGCUCCUCAGAAAGAUAUCGCCGCCCUUAGGAUUCGGUAAACUCUGUCCUCAUCGAGUCGCGUGCAAGAGGCUGGUCUCCAUGAACAUGCCGUUAAACAGCGACGGCACGGUCUUGUUUAACGCAACGUUAUUCGCCGUGGUGAGGACUUCGUUGCGGAUCAAGACCGAGGGGAACAUCGACGACGCCAACACCGAGCUUAGGGCAGUGAUCAAAAAAAUUUGGAAGAGAACCAGCCCGAAGCUCCUCGACCAAGUAGUACCGCCACCUGGAGUGGACGACGAAGUGACAGUCGGCAAGUUCUACGCGACUUUCCUGAUCCAGGACUAUUUCCGACGGUUCAAGAAGCGCAAGGAGCAAGAAAUGAAGGACGGCGACAAGGAUUGUCACAACACCGUAACACUUCAGGCCGGUCUGAGGACACUGCACGAGGCUGGACCGGAGCUGAAGAGAGCCAUUUCUGGAAACUUGGAGGAGCUUCUCGACGACAAUCCGGAACCUAUGCACAGGAGAAAUCAUUCGCUCUUCGGUAGCGUCUGGUCAAGUAUGAGGAAAGGUCACCACAGUUUCAACAGGGCGAGGUCGCUCAAAGUGAAUUCUACGACCAAGGCUUCCCCGACGAAUUCCAUAGACUUCCUGCCAUACUCGUCGCUUCACAGAGGAGGCGGGCUGGACGCGCCGAAUCAAAUCACCGCGAGGUCCCAUCAGGUUGUGCCGAACGUAGCAGGUGGGCUGAGCGACAGCGCGAUGAACCAAUUGGGAAUGGACUCGAAAUUGACCGGCAUCGAGGAGAACAUUCCCCUGAGACCGUUGGCCAUGUUUGGAAAUCCCGUCCAGCAACUGUCGUACCAUCAUCCCUCGUACAAAGUGAUCGAUGGUCCAGGUAGCGGUAACUACCUUCAUCCGAAUAGCGAAUAUGUCUUCAGGACGGAAUCGAGCGGCAGCUGACCCCACCGACGCCACCACCCCGAAGGAACCCACCCCAGUCCAUUGCCCCACCGAGCACCGGCAUUGCCCCGCACCCCG